AUGCACUAUGGACCACACCUUCAUCCAGCAACUGUCACCUUCUGCCACCCGCGCUCUGCACCAUACACGGCCACUUGGGCUAGCGGACAGGAACACCUGCAUAUGUGCGCUAACCUACGGCCGAUGAUGAACCGGCAAUCUGGGCUGCACCCGUGUCGAUCGCCGAGAGCCGUCUCGACUCAGCUUAGUCUCCACCCAGACGGUAAAUCUCUGCCCUGUUUGCUGAAAAUUUGGCUCCGUAACAGACGGCGUGGCGCCGACCGUCGCUUGUCAGUUUGCGUUGCAGGACCGUUAAGAGAUGAGGACUCAACAACCCGCGUUAUCUGGGAGUUUCAAACAGUUCAACGACUCCAACGCUUGCAAGCGGUCAAGCGGUGCGGAGAACCGAAGCAUGACGACGACCGCCACGCAAAGCAAGAAGCUGCCCAGGGUGGUGGGAACAGAGUGACGUUCGCUCAGACAGCCACAGCGCACGUCUCGACAGCCACGAAAUUCGUAAAUGGGCGCAAGGCCAUGAUCGCCAACCCCUCGGAGCCUUGGGUGGUUGAAAUUACCGAUCUCUUCGGUGCCAAAUUGACAAAGAUGCAUGGCGUUCACCAUCGGCAUGUGUGA